CGUGCUUCCCUCCACAUCUAUCCGAACUAAAAUUCCCUCCUUCCCUCGUUUUCUGCUCUCACCCAAACCCAAACCUCAAAUAAACCAAACCAGGCCUCCACUUUCCCUCUCUAACGCCUCCUUUCUCUCUCUAAAAUCCCCACUUUCUCUCUCUAAACCCUCAGAUCCCAUUCCCAAACCCUAAACCUCUUCCUCUUACGUACUUCUCAACCCUACCUUCUCUCUCUGGAACCAGAUCGUCUUCUCCUCACUCUCUCAAUCGGUGACUUUGCUCAUUUUCUUCGUCGGUGAACAAUUCUCCAUGUCCGGCGGCGGUCGAGCUCACAAUCGUCCUGCUCAUCCGCCGCCCCUUGCCUCAGGUGGUGCUCAGAUCGUGCCGCCGUUGAGAAGGCACUUAGCUUUUACGUCGACGAAACCGCCUUUUGUUCCUCCUGAUGAUUAUCAUCGAUUCUCCAGCGAUGGUCGCAGAGCUGCUGAUCAAGAGCCUGAGGCCAUUGUUGUCCGAUCCCCUGUUAGUCUAGUGAUUUUACUUGUUGAUGCGUUUAUCUUUGUUAUUGUUUAUUCUAUUUUGUGUUUUGUUGUGAUAUUAAGCUUAAUGCUCGGUGGAGUUUAGUGCAAUUAUUCGGUGUUUGGAUGGCAAUUGUGCUGAAUGUUGAUGUUGAAAUAGUUGAGCUCAGGUGUUUGGAUCUCAACUCAUUGUGUGUUUAGGGUUUCAUUGAGUUGGGAAUCAAUGUUGAGCUUGGUAAUGGAGUAUGUCCUAUGAUUUUAAGGCAUAUUGUUUGAUGGCAUGUGCAUUUUCAUGUAGUUUUUGCAUCAUGAACGAAGAGAUUAGUACUGCAUUUCUAAUUAAUUCAUUAAAUUUUUAGUCAACAAGGUGCGGUGGUGUCCUACUUGACUCUUUCGUAAACUGGGGUUGUUGUUAUAGAGUACUAUAAAAGUGGGCAGUGUUUUAAUUCAUAGCAGUGUACUGCUAUAUGUUAUCAUUAAAUGUGUGUACUUAUAUACCUUUAAAUUUGAUUAACCAUGUUAUUCACUAAGAUGGUAGAUUUCUUCACACCAACUCUUGCUCACUUGGUGUGUUAUCUUUUACCCAGUACUAGUCUCACGUAGCUGUCAUGCUGUGUUCUUGAAUUUGAUUCUUAAGCCUCAUGAUUGCAAUUUGUAUUAUGCCUUGACUGUUCUUUAUAAUGCUAUUAAAGCGGAAGAAUGCAUUACAGAAUAACGAAGUUGAUCAUAGGGAUUGGGCUAGCAGUCCUGGAUAUAUUAAUAUUGUUAACAACAGUCCGAUGCAAACUCCAGUUUCUGCUAAAGGAGGCAGAACAUACAAUAGGUCAAAGGGUGCAAAGGCCAAUAGAUCUGCACCACAGACACCUGUGUCAAAUACUGGUUCCCCUUCUCCUCUAACUCCAGCUGGUAGCUGCCGCUAUGACAGUUCUCUAGGCCUUUUGACAAAAAAGUUUAUCAAUUUGAUCAAGCAUGCAGAAGAUGGCAUUCUAGACCUAAAUAAAGCAGCAGAAACUUUGGAUGUCCAAAAGAGACGGAUAUAUGACAUAACCAAUGUCCUGGAAGGCAUAGGUCUUAUUGAAAAGAAGCUAAAGAACAGAAUUCGUUGGAAGGGACUUGACGCAUCAAGACCAGGGGAUGUUGAUGGCGAUAUUUCCUUAUUACAGGCAGAAGUUGAAAACCUUAACAUGGAAGAGCGCGGAUUAGAUGAUCGAAUAAGAGAGAUGCAGGAGAGACUGAGGGACCUGAGCGAAGAUGAGAACAACCAAAAGUGGCUUUUUGUGACUGAAGAAGACAUCAAGGGAUUACCAUGUUUUCAUAAUGAAACCCUUAUAGCAAUUAAAGCUCCACAUGGAACAACCCUGGAAGUUCCAGAUCCUGAUGAAGCUGUUGACUAUGCACAGAGGAGAUACAGAAUAAUUCUCAGAAGCACUAUGGGUCCCAUUGAUGUCUACCUUGUUAGUCAAUUUGAAGAGAAGUUUGAGGACAUGAAUAGUGCUGAGCCACCUGCAAGCUUUCCUAUUGCUUCUAGUUCAGGAUCUAGCGAACCUACAGUAACAGAAGUGAUAACUGUAGGGAGCAGCACUGUAAAGGAAAUUGAACCUCAGGCACAACACGAUCAUCAAGUGUGCCCUGAUACUAAUCCUUUACAGGAGUUUCCUGGGGGAAUGAUGAAGAUUGUUCCUUCUGAUGUGGAUAAUGACGCGGACUACUGGCUUUUAUCUGAUGCUGAAGUUAGCAUUACAGAUAUGUGGAAAACAGACUCUGUUGUCAACUGGGAUGGGCCAGAUAUCCUCCAUCCAGACUUUGUAAUGCCUGAUGUAAGUACCCCAAGACCCGAAACCCCGCCAUCAGGAAUCACCAACGUUCCAAACACUUCUGUUGACUUCCCGCAAAGGUGAACAUUAAAUUUUCCAAAUGCUGAAUUUAGAAACUCAUCUCUGCUGCCACAUCAGUUGGCCUUCCAUAUUUAUCAGAGAAUAACUUGAAGAUACCAGCUGGUUGCCUAACAAACACCAGCAAAAACUUGUGGUGGAAGUGCAUGGGGGUACAAUAAACCCGGCGGGCUAUUUGAGACUGUACAGCUCGGUAAUUUUUUUUACCCCCUGUGGUAUAAUAAAAUGUUGAAAUCUUAUGUUAAGGCAUGGAGAGGAAGCUCGGUAUGCAAUGAGUAGAGUGCACUGAAUAAUACUGGAGCACACAAAAUACACACAUAAUUUAAAUGCAUAAUUUCAUUAUAUGCACUUAAUUUCAAUUUUUUGAUGUGCGCCAUAGCAUAAGUUUAGGAAUACUAAGUCUAACUGGUCUGUAAACGCUGUGAAUUAUAGAAGCAGCAGGAUUAGAUCAUUGCUUUGUUAUCUUAGCAGGGUCUUAAGAUUGAACUGACUUGACUAUUCUAUUUUAUGGUUUACAACCAUAAACGUUUGGUAUAAAAUUAUCCUUGUAUCAUCCAACAAUUAUCUUCAA